AACUCUCUCAACUCAUCAAUCCCGCCGACCGCCCACCUCUACGUGUCAUUCUUCUCACCUGGGGCGGAUGCAAUGGCCACCUCGUGCAAUUGCGUUGCAGCGGCGAUGAGGAGCCUCCGACCGGCUGCAGCGAUGCGCCUUCCCCUCCGAAGUCCACCCUGCCGAACAUUUACGUCCUUCCACCAUUCGAACCUACAGCGGUCGUCAAGAACCAUUUGGAGACAAGAAUCAGCACGUUUGUCCGGCAGUCAGAGGGGAACACAGCAGGUGCAAAACUUGGCAAAUGGCUUGCGUGGGCAGAGUCGGCCUUUCUCAAGCUCAACACCACGGCAGAAGCUUAAGACGAUCCAGCAGGUCAAGGCGCGGAACAAGGGCGGACCAUUCAACCUCACAGCCGCUGUCCUCUUCAUUGCUACCGCCGGUGCGUUAUACGCCUAUUUCACAUACGAGAAGGAGCGCAUGGCAAGAAAAAGGAUAGCAGAGCAGACAAAAGGCAUUGGCAAGCCCAAGGUUGGAGGACCAUUCGACCUGAUCGAUCACAAUGGCAACCGGUUUACAAGUGACGAUAUGAUGGGCAAGUAUGCCUUGGUGUACUUUGGAUUCUCGCACUGCCCGGACAUUUGCCCCGACGAGCUUGACAAGAUGGCGCUGAUGUACGACAAAGUGGUGGAGAAGUGCGGCCGCGUCCUCCUCCCGAUCAUGAUCACUUGCGAUCCUGCACGCGACACACCGGAGGUUCUCAAGGAGUAUCUGAAGGAGUUCCAUCCGGAUAUCAUUGGCUUGACAGGACCUUACGAGAAGAUCAAGGAUGUCUGCAAGGCUUAUCGGGUGUAUUUCUCGACGCCGCCCAAUGUCAAGCCGGGGCAAGAUUAUCUCGUUGACCACAGCAUUUACUUUUAUCUCAUGGACCCCGAGGGCGACUUUGUUGAAGCUAUCGGGCGCAAUUUUACUGCUGAUCAGGCGGCGAAGGUUAUCUCGGAUCACAUCAAAGACUGGGAAGGGCCGCUGAAGAAGAAGGAUCGGUGGGCAUAAUCUAAGGAGACCUGCGGAGGAGGUGAGUCCCGGCCCAGCUCCAGUGAGGUGGUAGCCCAUGCAACCUGUGCUGCUCACACGUGUAGUUUGUGGCUACACCCGCUGUGGAACAACACACCAUGUAGAUAUAUAUAUACUGUACCACAUAUAAGUCAUACCAGCCAGUUUCAACC